AUGGCUAUCCCUUUGCACCGUUUCCUGCAUACUCUCUUAGCCAUGUUGCCAUUGAUCAUGGCUUUACGACAGGUCCGGCAUGACAGCAACUUUAAGCCCGACUACGUUCUGAGAAUCACUGCCGAAAAUAUCACCACUGCAUGUAGGACAAGGCUUUCUGCUGUGGUUAAUAGAACCUUGCCUGGGCCUACUCUUUAUCUGAAAGAAAAUCAGACCACAUGGAUCAGGGUAUACAACGAUCUACCCUCUGACAAUUCAACAUUACAUUGGCACGGUUUAAGUCAAUCCGUUGCACCGUGGGCAGAUGGUACUCCCCAAGCAAGCCAAUGGCCUAUCAAAGCACAACAUUUCUUCGAUUAUGAACUUCGACCUCAGAUCGGUGAAGCCGGUACUUACUUCUAUCACUCUCAUGUUGGUUUCCAAGCAGUCUCCGCUUCUGGACCACUGAUUGUGGAAGAAGCGGAGAGACUCGUUCCGUACGAAUAUGACGAGGAGCGGAUGCUGUUCUUGUCGGAGUUGUUUAACAAUACGGAUAAGACGAUUCAAGAGGGACUUACUGCUCCUCUGACUGGAUUCCUGUGGCCUGGAGAAUCAGAGUCGAUACUUGUUAAUGGUAACGGGCUCCCAGCACUUCUCGGAAACGAAACAGAUGCCAACAUGCCUCCUGACAAUGCAGAUCUGUCUGGCGGCAACACAACAUGUCACCCUGAAAUCAUCGAAGUCGAAGCAAACAAGACAUACCGUUUCCGAGCAAUCGGAGGAGUGGCUUUGAGCCCGUUAGUCCUUGCUUUUGAAGACCAUGGCAACCUUACUGUUAUCGCGGCGGAUUCAUCGUAUACGCAACCGGCUGAAACUGAUAUCAUCCAGAUGGCCGCGGGACAGCGAUAUGACUUUUUACUCCAUACGAAGACAGAGGAAGAGCUACAAGCCCUUGCCAAGAACAAGUUUUGGAUACAGAUCGAAACGAGGUAUCGUGAGCAAAACGAUACAUUUUAUGCGGUUCUUUCAUAUACGCAAAACAACGCCAGCGCUAAGGCAUUGUCGCCGCCUGCUCAAUCCCCAGUGUCGAUUCCGUAUGACUUACAAGAUUGGUUGGAGUAUACUUUGGAGCCAUUAACGCCAAAUGACUUUCCCAGUUCUGAUCAAGUAACUCGCCGAGUAGUCAUGACUGCCGCCCGACUAAACGCCGCAUCUGGUCAAUUUUGGACCAUCAAUAACCACACGUGGACAGACACCAAUCAACACGAAGGAGAUACACCAUUCAAUAGUACUACCCCAACUGAUGAUACUCCCUACUUAGUGAACGUGUAUAAGCAAGGCGAACGAGCCCUACCAAACUAUGAAAAUUCCAUCAAAAAUAACGGGUGGGAUGCCGAGCUCAACGUGUUCGCAGCUGAAAUGGGCGAGGUAGUCGAUAUUAUUCUUGUUAAUGAACCAGUCGGUGUUGUUGGGGGAUACGAUGCCCAUCCAUUCCAUUUCCAUGGAGCUCACGUGUGGGAUAUGGGAAGUGGUCCAGGAGUAUAUAACGCUACAGUCAAUGAAGAAAGACUGAAGAGCUAUAAUCCCAUUGUUCGAGAUACGAGCUUGUUGUUUAGAUAUGGUAGUUCUUAUCUUGGAGAUGGCCAUAAUUAUACCAGUCAAGGAUGGAGAGCUUGGAGGUUGAAAGUGACGGAUCCUGGUGUCUGGAUGGUGCAUUGUCAUAUUUUACAACACAUGAUUCUGGGUAUGCAGGCUGUCUGGAUUAUGGGAAAUGCAACGGAGAUAACACAUGGUGCGUUCCCGGAGUUGGUGGCAGGCUAUCUUACUUAUGGUGGAGAUGCAUAUGGGAAUGCGACUUAUGCUCCAUUUGUGACUCACUACUAUGAAGAUUGA